GCCGUCAGUCCUGAUACAAAUAUAAAAUAUGCUGAUUAAAACCAUUUCUUGACACUAUGACAUCUUCCAGAAAGUCGUGGUCAUCGUGUUCCUCAACCGGUAAUCAGACUAACCCAUGGUGGAGAGUGGAUCUGAGUUCUGUGUACAGAGUUAAUAGAGUCGUCAUCACAAACAGACUAGACUGCUGUCCAGAACGAAUAAACGGAGCGGAGAUUCGCAUUGGAAACUCUUUGGAGAACAACGGCAACAACAAUCCCACAUGUGCUGUGAUUUCUAGCAUUUCAGCUGGUGUUUCCUCCACCUACACAUGUAACGAUUUGGAGGGUCAAUAUGUGAAUCUGUUAAUUCCUGGAGAUUCAAAGUAUCUUACUCUGUGUGAGGUGGAGGUCUAUGGAGAAGAUCCUUUUUUCCAAGAAGACUCCUGUGAAGAUGAAACUGAAGUUUGAGUCUGUCUGAACCUCCAGCUCCUGUCACAGCUUCAGUCUGCUUUGGUGGAACGAGGGUUUUCUGACAUGACGCUGCUGUGGUCUGAACCGCAUAAAAAGGAUGUGACGCGGAAGGAAGCUGUGCCAAGUCAAUGUGUUCAUACAAACACCAGAAAACAGAGAAGAAAUGUUGACUUUGAAGUAAAUUAUUCA